CUAUAACAGAUUAUUACAACAUGUUUGGUCAGUUUUUAUGGUAUAUAAAGAAAAACGAUCACAAAGUAUCACAAGAAACCCGCCACCAUAGAAAGACACAGAGAACCAACACACAUGACACCAAUAGUAUUGAUUUGUUUAGCCCUUGUCGGAAUUGUGGCAUCGGAGGCCGGAGAAAAAGGAUAUAGUCCAAAAUAUAACCUGAAAAAGUACGGAAAUCCAUUUGGACCAGGUAAUAUUGGUAGCAAUGUAUUUCAAGGAAGUGGUGGAUUUGGAUAUCCGUCUUAUGGUAGAUCAGGAUACGGAUACAGGGGAUAUUCAAGCAAUACAUAUGGUUACGGUUCACCAUUAAACAUUGGUGAUUAUGCUGGAUACAAUGGAUAUAGAAUACAAAGUGGAUAUCCUGGAUACGGGUUCAUGAACGGAAGGGGUUUGAAUGGAUUAGGUGGUUAUGGAAAUUACGGUGUUCACGGUAAAGGAAUCGGACCUUUCAUGGGUUAUGGAUUCGGUGGAGGACUUACAGGAUACAACAAUUUAAAUGGUUAUGGUGCAUAUGGUAUUAAUAGGGCAUACGGUGUAAACAACUAUGAAUCUUAUGGUAUUGGUGGUUUGAAUGGUUAUGGAUCAUAUAGUAUUGGUGGUUUGAAUGGUUUUGGAUCAUAUGAUAUUGGUAGUCUGAAUGGUUUUGGAUCAAAUGGUCGUUUAAAUGGUUUUGGAUCAUAUGGUAUUGGUGGUAUAAAUAGUUUAAGCGUCAAUGGUGGACUCAUAAAUGGAAGACAAGGUCUCAGUGGAUUGAGCAGUUUCGAUAAAUUUGGAGGUAAAAAAGGAACAUAUUAGAAUCCAAGGAGGCAAUGAAGAAUUGAUGGCGGUUUUCUACAAAUUUUUUAUUUUGUUUAUAAUGGUUUAUGAAUA